AUGAGAUAUGUACUCGCCGCGGCCUUGACGGUCGCAUUCUUCGCACUUCUUCCAGCGCAAGCAGCGAAGGCAGUCUUUUCCCACAUGAUUGUCGGCAACCUCCCCGAUUUUACCCUCUCCGACUGGGAGUCUGACAUCCGACUUGCUCAGUCGUCUCGAAUCGACGCCUUCGCGCUCAACGUCGCCGCCCAAGACUCUUCCACCACCCGCUCGCUCGACCUCGCCUUCCAGGCCGCCGACGCCCUCAAUUUCUCCCUCUUCUUCUCCUUCGACUAUCUCGCCCAGGGUCCCUGGCCCGCCGAUCGCGUCAUCUCUCUCAUCCAGAAGUAUUCCGUCCACAAGUCUUACUUUAGACACGACGACGACACUCGGCCCCUCGUGUCGACGUUUGAAGGGCCUGGCAAUGCAGGUGACUGGCACGCCAUCAAGGUGGCGACCAACGCGUUUUUUGUGCCGAACUGGUCCUCUGUCUCGGCGGCGGAGGCAUUGAAUCUUGCGGGGGGUGUGGCCGAUGGGUUGUUCAGUUGGGAUGCUUGGCCGGAGGGGAAUACGAACAUGACGACGGGGCCUGACAAGGUGUUUCUCGAGGCCCUGAGGCCACGAGGGAAGGUGUACAUGAUGGCGGUGUCACCGUGGUUCUUUACGAACUUGCCUGGAUUUGGGAAGAAUUGGUUGUGGAGGGGGGAUGAAUUGUGGGACAUUCGUUGGCAGCAAGUUCUGGACAUCCAAGCCGAUUUCGUGCAGAUCCUGACGUGGAAUGACUACGGCGAGUCGCAUUACAUUGGUCCGGUUAGGGAGAAGGAGCUGGGUUUGUUCACCACGGCAAACGCGCCAGUGAACUAUGUGCGUUCAAUGACACACGACGGUUGGAGGAAGUUUCUGCCAUUCUACAUCGAGGCAUACAAGACAGGGAGGAUUCCCAACGCAGUGGAAGAGAGCGUCGUCGCAACCUAUCGGACGUCGCCGGCGCUGGCGUGCCCUGGUGGCGGGACGAAGGGGAACAACGGGGAUUUUGGGCAAAAUGAGGUGGCGCCGGAGGAGCUGAUGGACGAUAACGUCUAUUACUCUGCGCUGCUAAACUCGGAUCGGGGAGUCACCGUCACAGUCUCGAUUGGAGGCAAGGAGCAGACAGGCAUUCUGAGCAAGGUCUCUGCUGCGGGCCCCGGAUCCCGCGGAGUCUACAUGGGCGCUGUGCCAUUCGGGGGAAACACGGGGGAUGUGGUAGUGGCGGUGCUAAGGGAUGGCAAGCGGGUUGCAACGGCCGAGGGUGGCAAGGGCAUCUCGGCCAAGUGCGAGAACAAUGUGCAGAACUGGAACGCUGUCGUUGUCUGA